AUGUCAAGACAUAAAAACAUCAAGAGCAUCAUUUAGGAUAGCUACUACGAUGAUGAUUACUAUAAUGACUAUGGUGAAGAAUACGGCUAAGAAGUAUAUGGAACAGAAGAAGAGAUAAAAGAACAGAAGAGAUUUGAUAAAUUAAAAAAGAAGGCAAAGAAGUAGCCUUAGUGUGAUGAGAAAGUAGUUUAAGAGAUAGUGAUACAGUUUGGAAAUUUCUUUACAUAUGAUUAAGUUAAGCAAACCUUGAUUGCAAAUUAAAAUGAUAGAUUGAAGACAUAGGCUGACUUAAAGUUCAAAGAAAGUAAAGAAUUUGAUUCAUUUCUAAUAAUAAACUUAGACACUCUCAAAAAGAAGAAUAAAGAUAACAUAAAGCAGGUCAAUCAGGAAAAAAAGAAAAAAGAAGAGGAGGAGAAGAAAAUGAUGACGAAGGAAGAAGAAGAGUUCAAGUAGUACGAGAUUCAGUUGCUUAAAAAGGAGAAAAGUAUGAAUCAAGAUGACCAGAUCGAUCAUAAGGUCUUGAAUUAGAUUUACCCAGAUGUGCAGUAUGCCGAUGCAAAUCUGAUAUAAGCAAUUGAUGAAGAUAAUAAGACAAUCAACUUAGUCAUUAUUGGUCAUGUUGACAGUGGAAAGAGUACAUUGAUGGGUCAUAUACUUUUUAAGCUAGGUAGAAUAGACAAACAGCAUAUGCAUAAAAUUGAAAAGAUUAGUGACUAAUAUGGAAAGAGCAGUUUUAAAUUUGCAUACGUAUUGGAUGAAGGUGAAGAAGAGAGGCGUCGAGGAGUCACUAUUAAUGUUGGACAAAGUUACUUUUAGACAGAAAAGAGAUAAUUCGUAAUAUUAGAUGCUCCUGGCCAUCAAGAUUAUGUCCCCAACAUGAUAAGUGGAGCAUCAUAAGCCGAUUGUGCUAUCCUUGUAGUAGAGGGUAUCAGAUAAGAGUUUCUCAGGGGAUUUAUUGGAGGAUCUACAAAAGAACAUGCCAUUCUGGCAAGAAGUUUAGGUGUCACCUAAUUAGUUGUUGCUGUCAACAAAUUAGACAUGGUUGAAUGGUCUGAGGAUGCCUAUAAUGAGAUUAUAAAUCAUGUUUAGCCAUUCUUGCUUUAAAUUGGAUUUAGACAAGAUAAUAUAAGCUUUGUGCCAAUAAGUGGCCUUAAUGGAACUAAUUUAAUCGAAAAGCCAACUUCUUUACCUGAAUUGACAUCUUGGUAUACUGGUCCCUCUUUGAUCGAAUACUUGGACUAAUUGAAAGUUCCAAAAAGAAAUAUAUAUAAACCUCUCAGAGUUUGUCUCUAUGAUUACUACAAAGGCACUGAAGGCAAUUUAAUAGGUGAUUGUGUAUAAGCUAAAGUAGAAUCUGGCAUUAUAAAAGAAAAAGAUCAUUUAUUGCUUUAACCUUAUAACAUUAUGGUUACAAUCAAGGCCAUAGAAGCAUCUAAUUAAUUGAUAAAAUAUGCAGCUCCAGGUACACUAUGUGAUAUAUCUUUACACCUUCCUUCAUCUUUUGAUCCGAACUAUCUAAAGUCUGGAAAUGUGAUCUGUGAUCCUAAAUAUCCCAUCCAUUAGGUUAAAGAAUUUAGAUGCCAAAUAGUUGUUUUUGAUAUAGAAAUUCCCAUCACCAGAGGUCAACCAGUGACAGUCUACAGUUUUUCAAACAGAGUAUCGGGUCGAAUUUCGAAACUAGAGAGUGUUGUUAAUCCGAAAACUGGAGAGUCAAUAAAGAAAAACCCGAGAUGUCUUAUGAAAAACUAAACUGCGAUAGUGCAUAUUAAAUUAGAGGAAAAAACUUGCAUGGAAUUGUUCAGUAACUACCGCACCCUUGGCAGAGCUACACUUAGAGAUGGAUAGAGAACUUUGGCCGCAGGUAUAAAUAUCGAAUUAGGGUAAAAAUAGCUACCUUUAUGA